GCCGGGCUUGGGGUGGACCGGCAGGGAGCGGGAUGGGGACCAGGAGGGCGCUGCCGAGGAGGCUGUGUGACAGGCUGCGGAUGUGACAGGGUGUGAUCUUCUGUGUCAUGGUGUAUGUGAUUGUGCGCGACUGUGACCGUCUGUCUCCGGUAUAAAAUUCCGAGUCUGUGUGUGUUUGUGCGUGACUGUCUCCUUAAGUGUAACUGUGUUAUUGUGUAUGGGUUUGUGAGAGAUUGCGGGUGUGACAUUGUGUGUGUGUGUGACUGUGUUUGACCCCUUGUCCCUGUGGAUAUAACUGCGUUUGAAUGUGUGUGACAGAAGGUGUGAUUACGUGCCCAUGACCAUCUAUCUCUGCAGGUAUAAUUUUGUGUAAUUAUGGCAGGAUGUGUGACUUUGUGUGGUAUGUCACUAUGCAUGAGAUUGUGUGUGACUGUCUCUCUGUUGGAAUAACUGUAUCAUCAUCUCUAUCUUAGUGUUAAUACCACUGUGUAUGUAUGUGACAUUACAGUCGCAAUUAUGUGACCAUAUAUAUAUGUGUGAUUGGGUGAGAAUUUGUGUAUGUCAGACCUAGUGUGUGAUUGUGACACAGAAAGAUUAAAAUUACUCACCCAUAUUCACACAGUUACUAGGUGACAGAAUCAGGACUUAAGCCCAGGCUAUUUGGCUCCAGAGUCCUUGCUUUUAAUUGCUAAACUCUCUUGAUCUUUCCCACGCUGUGAGGGUGAAAAAUGGGGGCCCUGAGUUCUGAGGGUGUUGGAGAGGAUUGUCUGUGGUCUUGGACUCGGACCCUUCUGGACAUGGAACUUAACCUGGGUCUCUUCAUUUGGUCCCCUUGUGCUACUUAGAGCUCCCAGGUGCUGAGAAGACUUCACUGAUUCUCCUCUUGGGUUGCAAAGGCUUUUAUGGACAAAUUCAAGCUGCAUUGCACUAAGGAAAUAAUUUUCUUACAGAUUGAGUUGAGUGAAGAAAUGUUGGCUCUGAGAAGACGAGGAACUUGUUUCAGGCUGUGCAGUUUCUUGUUGGUUUGGUAUUGAAAUUUGUCAAUGUUUGCCUCAGGCUGAAUUUUUGUGGAGUAAUAAAGGACUUUGUUCUCCAGAAGAAAAAAAUUGAAGAAGGAAGGAAGAAUGGCUGUUGGACUAUGUAAAGCCAUGUCCCAGGGUUUGGUGACCUUCAGGGAUGUGGCUCUAAAUUUUUCCCAAGAGGAGUGGGAAUGGCUGGACUCAUCUCAGAAGGAUUUGUACAGAGAUGUCAUGUUGGAGAACUACAGGAACUUGGUAUGGCUUGGACUUUCCAUUUCUAAGCCCAACAUGAUCUCCUUAUUGGAGCAAGGGAAGGAUCCUUGCAUGGUGGAGAGAGAGAUGUCAGAUGGUCAAUAUGCAGAAUGGGACUCUUUGUAUGAAAUCAAGGCAUUAUCUCCAAAAUGGUACAUUGAUGAAGAGGAAAUAUCCCAGGGGGUGAUAAUGGAAAGACUUACAAGUUAUGGCCUUGAAUCCUCCAGUUUCAGAGAAGCCUGGAAAUAUGAGGGUGAAUUUGAGCAGCAUCAGGGAAAUCAGGAGAGGCAUUUCAGGCAAGUGACAACUCUUAAGGAAAUCUCUGCCAUGAAAAGAGACAAUGAAUAUAAUAAUUCUGAGAGAAAUGUUCUCUUGAACUCAGUACUUUUAACACAACAGAGAGUUCCCACAGUAGAGCAAGUACAUAAAUUUGAUAUUUAUGAUAAAAUGUUCCCCCCAAAUUCAGUUCUAACUGAACAUAAAAGACUACAUGCUGAGAAGGAAUCUUUGAUAGGUAAUGAAUGUGAAGAAUUCAACCAGAGUACAUACCUUAGUAAAGAUGCAGAAAUUCCUCCUGGGGAGAAAUGUUACGAAAGUAAUGAUUUUUCACAUCUUUUAAGUUUCCACUCAUUACUUACUCAACAUCACACAACUCAUCUUGGAAAAUUAUCCCAUGGAUACGUUGAAUGUGGUGCUGCCUUUAGCUGUUACUCGUUCUUUACUCAACCUCAGAGAAUUCACAGUAGAGAAAAACCAUAUGCAUGCAAUGACUGUGGAAAAGCCUUUAGCCAUGACUUCUUUCUCAAUGAGCAUCAGAGAGCUCAUACUGGGGAGAAACCAUAUGAAUGUAAGGAAUGUAACAAAGCUUUCAGACAGAGUGCACACCUUGCUCAACAUCAGAGAAUCCACACUGGAGAGAAACCCUUUGCAUGCAAUGAAUGUGGGAAGGCCUUUAGCCGUUAUGCCUUCCUUGUGGAACAUCAGAGAAUUCACACAGGAGAGAAACCAUAUGAAUGUAAGGAAUGUAACAAAGCCUUCAGACAGAGUGCACACCUUAAUCAACAUCAGAGAAUUCACACUGGAGAGAAACCCUAUGAAUGUAAUCAAUGUGGAAAAGCCUUCAGCAGACGCAUAGCCCUUACUCUACAUCAAAGAAUUCACACAGGAGAGAAACCCUUUAAAUGUACUGAAUGUGGAAAGACCUUUGGCUAUCGCUCACACCUUAAUCAACAUCAGAGAAUUCACACUGGUGAAAAGCCCUAUGAGUGCAUCAAAUGUGGGAAGUUUUUUAGGACUGACUCACAACUUAAUCGGCAUCAUAGAAUUCAUACUGGAGAGAGACCUUUUGAAUGCAGUAAAUGUGGGAAAGCCUUCAGUGAUGCCUUAGUUCUAAUUCAUCAUAAGAGAAGUCAUGCAGGAGAGAAACCCUAUGAAUGUAACAAAUGUGGGAAGGCCUUCAGUUGUGGCUCAUACCUUAAUCAACAUCAGAGAAUUCAUACUGGAGAGAAACCUUAUGAAUGUAAUGAAUGCGGGAAGGCUUUCCAUCAGAUCUUGUCCCUUAGGCUACACCAGAGAAUUCAUGCUGGAGAAAAGCCCUAUAACUGUAAUGAAUGUGGCAACAAUUUUAGCUGUGCUUCAGCUCUUCGACGACAUCAGAAAAUUCAUAAUAGAGAAACUCUCUGAUUAUGUAUAACAAGUAUAAGAAAGAAAACAUUUAGUCACCGUUCAAUCCUUAUUAAAUAAAUAUCAAUGAGUUCUUCAGUUAGUAAUUCUAUGAAUGUAGUACCUAUGGAGAAGCCUUCAGUUCAUGAGCAUCCCUUAUUUGAAAUAGCCUGAGUAGUAGACA